AUGACGGGCGGAAGGUUCGACUUCGACGAUGGCGGCACUUACUGCGGGGGGUGGGAGGACGGCAAAGCCCACGGGCACGGCAUCUGCACCGGACCCAAGGGCCAGGGCGAGUACGCCGGCUCCUGGUCCCACGGCUUCGAGAUAGUGGGGGUGUACACCUGGCCCAGCGGCAACACCUACCAGGGCUACUGGUCCCAGGGCAAGCGGCACGGGCUCGGCGUGGAGAACAAGGGCAAGUGGACCUAUCGCGGAGAGUGGAGCCACGGCUUCAAGGGGCGCUACGGGGUCCGGCAGAGCCACAACACGCCCGCCCGGUACGACGGCACCUGGAGCAACGGGCUGCAGGACGGAUACGGGAUCGAGACCUAUGGAGAUGGCGGUACCUACCAAGGCCAGUGGAUGGGCGGGAUGCGACACGGCUACGGCGUGCGUCAGAGCGUGCCGUACGGCAUGGCCACUGUUAUCCGCUCCCCGCUGCGCACCUCCCUGGCCUCCCUCCGCUCGGAGCAGAGCAACGGCACCGUGCUCCAAGACCUCUCCUCCACCGCAGACACGCCCACCGGUGGCCGCGGCGGCUUCGUCCUCAACUUCCACUCGGACAGCGAGGUGGUGACGGGCAAGAAGAAGGGCCUGUUCCGCCGGGGCUCGCUCUUCGGCAGCCUGCGGCAGCUGCGCAAGUCCGACUCCAGGACCUCCAUCUCCAGCAAGCGCAGCUCGGCGCGCAGCGACGCCGCCAUGAGCCGGAUCAGCUCCAGCGACGCCAACUCCACCAUCUCCCUGGGCGACGGGGAGCUGCCCGACGAGGACCUGCUCCUGGAGGACCACGUGGACGCCACCACUACCGAGACCUACAUGGGGGAGUGGAAGAACGACAAGCGCAAUGGAUUUGGCGUGUCGGAGAGAUCCAACGGGAUGAAGUACGAGGGGGAGUGGCUCAACAACAAACGCCACGGGUAUGGGUGCACGGUUUUCCCAGACGGCACGAAGGAAGAGGGGAAGUACAAAAAUAACGUCUUGGUGCGUGGAAUUAGGAAGCAGUUGAUCCCUCUUAAAAACCCCAAGACCAAAGAGAAGGUGGACCGCGCUGUGGAGGGGGCCCAGAGGGCUGCAGCCAUCGCCAGGAGUAAAGUGGAAAUAGCAGCCUCCAGAACAAAAACCAAAUAUGACCUGUAG